AUGUUCAGAAAAAGAGGUCAGCAAGAAGGGCAGAUAGACUCUGAAGAUGUUGCGCCACAGAAUAUACCUUCCAGCUCGAAUCCACGUUCAAAAAGCAAAAAGAAUUCAUCAAACUCCAAAAAAGGUCUGGCAAGGGUACGAGUGAUCAGUAAGAUGAUCCAUGGAAUUAUCAAAAAGUCAAAACUGGAAAUCACAUCUUUACACGUUCAACAUCCACAAGGUAAGACAGUACAUGCUGUCGGCAACAUCAAACUUACAAAUUUGGUCACAGGGCCAAUACCUUUGGUAGGCUUACGAUUAAGCUUCAAAAAUCCAGAAGGAGUUGCAUUGACAUGGACGCCAACCGAACAGCAAACAUCCGGUAAAACUGCAGAAAAGACGGUCAUUCAAGCAUUCAUUGAACCACUAGACCUACUACCGAACAAACUUGGUACGAUUAACUCGGAAAUCAAAAUACGUUUCGAAGUCAACGAUUCUUCCCAUGAAUCAUUUGUGAGAUUUGUGAGACAUAUCAUUCGAUCUGAUUCUACUCUGGGAACACAAGUUACCCUGGAAGCAGAGCAAGCAGAAGUCAAGGUGUAUGGUAUGCGAUUCGGAGGACUGUUCAUCGAAAAGGAGAUUGUACUGGGUGGUUUGGGGUCGUUGGAUGGUGCAUUGAAGUUCGACGAUACGGGAAUGUACGGAACCGGGCAAAAGCAAGAUAAUGCAAUAACCAGAGGAGCAGAAGAUGCAACAUCAAAACAAGACACUCAAAGCAAGAAAAAGAACCUCUUUUCCAAACGACAAAAAUCACCACCUCUUCGCACUGCAGCGGCAAAGGCUGGAAAGCAAGCCAGUCCAUCUCCAAAUAAGUUGAUGAUCGAUCACCUAGAAAUCGUAGGAGGACAUCCGCAAGAUGGAAUGCAACUUUCGGCCACUUUAACUCUCGUGAAUCCAGCAAGAGAUCCUCAGUUGAGUAUUGAACCUGGCGAACUACGACUACUGGUCUGUAUUCGAGAUGAACAGGCUCUAUCGGACAACGUAGAAUCACCUCCGCAAAAGUAUAAAUACGGUACCAUUCAACUUCCACCUGGUAUCAUUUGUUGUGGUUCAAUCACCCUACCGCCAGUCAAUCUGAAACCGGGCCCAAACAAGAUUGAUGCAAGCCUUUUGAUUGUUAUUCCACCUCCUCCAACUCCAAAUGAUUCGCCCACUUCUUUUCCGGCUAGAGCUCAUAAAGCAGGACAAAGGUUAGUCGCUCAAUUGAUGCAAGAUGAAUUAAUCGAAAAUACUUUUGUGAUAACAACACCCUACAAUGAAUCAUCGUUGCAAAGUGGUACUUCCGAUACUCGCUGGAUCGCAGAUGCUUUUGCCGGUGUACGUAUAGAGUAUACGAUUCCGCCUUUGGGUGAACGUGUUCACUUAUUGGAUGGCGCCGAGCUUCGUGUGGAAGGUGGUCAAGAAGGCAGUGAAAGAGGAUCACGUUAUCAGAACAAUUUUGACAUUUCCAGUGAUUCUCUUCCUCAAUCUUCGAUUGGAAGUCAAAAUUUAAAAGAAUCCGUUGCCCGUGCAACGCUUCGAAAUGGAUUCGAGGCUGAUAUUCAAGUUCAUUCACUCAAGGUGAACAUCUGCUCUGAACCACUUUUUGGCGAAGAUGGUCGAUCGGAAACAUUGAGACUUGGAGGAUUGAGCUCGGCUUCAUCAGCGGGAAUGCUUUGGGAAGGUUUAUUGUUGAGCAAAGGUCAUCCAAGUCACGUCAGCCUACCGAUGGAGAUCAAUCCUGAUCCUCGUGUUUUAAUUGAAAUCUUACGUAAAAGUGCAAGAAUGCGAAAUAUCAACCUUGGAAAUCCACUAUCUGAAUUAUUGGAAGAUCUUCGAAAAGCACAUUGGACCGAAGCGGGAUUUGCUGAACCUCCUCAAAGUAGACCAGCUUCGCGUGCUGCAAAUUCAUCAAGAAGAAGUUCAUAUAAUCCUCAACGUGAAGCUGAACCUUCGGAUGAUCUUGCAACACUUUUGGCAAACGCUUUAGGUAAUUUGAGAGUAACUGCAGAAAUUGAAGCAGAAGUCUCGAUUGGCGAUUAUCGUAUCCCUGGAGCAGUGGAAAUCGAGCAAAGGAAUCUACCAAUCGCUUUAUCAACUGCAACUGCUGCUGCUUUGUUGCCUCUGAUCGGUAAGCCGUUUGUGAAAGCAUUGGUGGAUCGGGCUGAAGUUGAAGUUCAUCAUGUUGACGUUACUUCAAUGGAUGAUCGAGGUGUGCUAGCAAGGGUCACUCUUGGUUUGAGUAAUUUUGGACCUUUGAACGCAGAUGCAACAUUUGAUGAAGGUUUACUCUUACGCGAACCAAAUGAUACGUCAAAAACGAUUGCAAUUAUUAAUUUCGAUAAUCCUUUAUCCGUAACUGCUGGAGAUGAAACACCAAUCAUGGCAGAUUGUCGAAUUUCCCCACCAACAGGAUCGGGAGCAACGGAACGAUUCUCGCGAUUCAUCAAUCAACUUUUGCGUGCUGAUACGAUCACUCUUUCCGUUUUAGCAAAUCCACUUUCGAUUUCUGCAGGAGGAAUUCAUUUUAGUGCAGUAUUGGAAAAGAUGAUUUCAGUGAUGGGAUUGGGUGGAUUUAGUGAUUUACGUAUGGAAGAUUUGCAAAUCGUUGGAGAAACAAGUGCGCCUGCUGCUGGCGUUAGCAUGAGUGUUGCUGCACCUGCUAAUUCUGCACAAAAUACGGCUAUUCAAAUCAGCACCAUUGCUAAAAUUCAUAAUGCAGGAGAUAUUCAUUUACGCAUCGCAAAGUUGGAAGUCGCAAUCAUCAAAGAUGAUAUCCACAUCGGUCAAGCAAGCAUCGAUGAUGUUGAUUUGAAAGCUAAAUCAACUGCCAGCCUACGUGUCAAAGGUACGCUUUAUGCACCUCCCGCUCGAGAAGGAGAGAAACACACAAAAGCGAUUGAAAAGUUGAACAAUUUGAUCAGCACGCUCAUUGCUGGAAAGGAAGCCAAGGUGGACAUUGUCGGUAGAAGAGCAUGGGUACCCACCAGCAAAAGCUCCAGGCCAGUAUCUCUUGCUUGGCUAGAUGAAUCGUUACGAAUGUUCAAGACAGAAGCAACGAUCCAAUGGAAAGGUGGAAUUCAAAUUGUGGAAAAGAUUGAUGUUGGCAAGAUUGAUGCAACAUUUGCCGCAAGAAGAGGAUUACAGCUUAAGAUUGAUGAUAUCAUCGCUCAGUAUAACGUGCCCUUUCCUAUUCAAUUUGAACUGCAAUCCAUCGAUGCUUCAAUGGAAAUCAUGUUUGGCAAUAAAGUGAUUGCAAAAUGUCAUGCUGCUCAAGAUACGAUCGAAAACGUCCAACCGGUUACAGAACAAAGAGGUGGAAGAAGCAACAGUGUAGCUUUACCUCCAGCAAACAAUACGCCUACCGCACCAUCCCGCUUGCCCAGUUCGCCCUUGUUACGCAAAUCAGUCAAUAGCUUCACUGGUCAUCCAAACGGAACAUCCGCCUCUCGAUCAAAUAAUAGCACAGCAUCACCAUCUUCUCCCAAGACUGCUUUACUGAGACACCCUUCAAGUUCGUCCGUUGCGACAUCCUCAAACAAUAGUAGUCACUUCGUCCCAAUUUCAAGACGUGUGAAGCUUUCUUUGAAACAAUUUGAUCUCAACGUCGAGAACGAUGAAGAAGUGACGGGAGACAUGAUUUCACACAUCUUUGAAACUGGACCAGAAGGAACUGAUCGAAUCAGGUUGAACGGUGUUGCCCAUGUUACCGUGAAAACUGUUUUGGGUGUUUUGCGCUUGAGUGUACCUCUUGGUCAAGAACAUAAACUGGACAUCAUUGGUUUGGAUGGUUUACGAAACAGCCCGAUUCAUUAUACCGAUUUCGUCAUCGAGAGUGGAAAUCCGAAAUUUAUUCAGAUUUCAAUGAAUGUUCAAUCACACAAUCCUGCUCAAGGUUUAACGUUAAAUGUACCAGAUUCAAGUUUGACGUUGGGAGUUUACUACAAGGAUGCUUUUGUUGGUGAUGUGAUCUUGGGAAGGGAUGGUAAAGGAGUUGUCAUCAACCCUGGUCCGGUAUCAAUUGCAGGUGUAGAAUUCCGUUACAGACCUACAGAAAAGACGGAAGUGGUAGCCCAACAGAUGCUUUCGAAGCUUUUCAGCGGUGAAACAUGUCAAUUAGCCAUCCGAGGUCAUAAAAAGAGUUCGAUCAAUUCAGCUCUUACUCAAGCUUUACGAUUGGUUGACGUUCCGAUUGAUAUUCAUCCUUUGGGCGACAAUACGAUUUUGGAUUUGAUCAGAGUGCAGCUAGGAGUCAGCGUCUUGACUUCGAACAGUAUUGACGCAACAUAUUACAUCAACAAUCCUAUCGGUUUACCGAUCGAUGUACUUCAUUUAGAGGUAAAGGCAUAUCAUCGAUCACAACCUUUUGGUCAAGCAACAAAGACAUAUCAUAAAGAAGGUGUUCUGACCGGUAAAUUGUCCGAUGGAACACCUGCAAGUCAAUUUGGAACAGACGGAAGUGGGACUUCGCCAAGAGAUCCAAAUAGUGGCGCGAUUGAUGGUUCAAGAAGAACUUCAACUUCUUCUGGUAAUCCACGUUUACAAAGGUUUUUGAUUCCACCUAGUGCUCGUAGAUUCCAAGGUGGUUUGGUGGUUAAGCUGGAUACACCUUUGGAUCAACUUGUGGCAGCGUUCUUGAAAGAACGUGGUUCAAUCGUUUUGGACGUCGAUUUACGUCUUCGAUUAGAUAUUGGCGGCUAUCUUAUUCCUGAUCUGAAUUAUCGUCAAAAAGUUCCUUUGGAAGUGUAUGGCUUGCAAGGCGUUGCAAGAAUUCUCAGAUUGAUUUGA